AUGCCGAUGACUGAGAAAUUGUGCGGCGAACAGAAGGCAGAGGCGCCUGGGUCAAGGGAGCUUCAUGGCCAGGAGAAGCUUCAAUUGGUGAAGGAAAGUGCCAUGAAGGAAAGCUUGCAAUUGGUGAAGCGUCGCUCUGCUAGACGAGUCGGACGAGUCGCCGAGUCGCUUGACGUCGGUUGUCGGUCUGACGGAAGUCGUGUCCAAGCCUUCCUGAAAGUGGCCAAGACGUGCCCAGACGCCGCUCCCACACUGGUGCGAGUGGAUCCCAAUAACACCAAUAACCCCGACACGGUGGAUGAGCUCGAGGAGGGCAUUUUCAAGAAGGAGAUCAACCAGGACGGACGGAUUGGUCGACGGUCUUGGGAAUGGAAGGAAAGCAUCAUCAGCGGUGCGCGCAAGAAGCUCAUCACAGUGCCGACCUUGUGUGACCUCAUUGACUGUGCGCCGCAAUCGGCCAUCGACUUGCUGGACAUGCUCACCACGCAUCCCAAGGAAGAGAACAAACUACAUAAUCCCUUACCCGUCAGAGCUAACAUUCCCUACAGCCAGGAAGCCUGUCGUUUGUCAUGCGCCUACAUCGAGCCCCACAAGUGGACCUGGAGCGGCGGACCGGAUAUUCCUUGGCAGGUGAAGCUGGCACCACAGGACCCCAAGCGCAGCAGAGAGGUGAAAGUGAAGAUCCUCAUGUUGCCAGGCGUGAUCAACAGUUGCCUGGUUCAUAGCCUGGCGAUCACAAAGGACCAGAAGAUCUUCACAAAGCUCGUGGUCCAUGCGCUGCUGAAGCACCUUUGGGAAUCUUUCAGGCCGCUCUUCCUCGUGGACUUGGGGCACCAGUUCUUGUCCACGGCCGUCCUGAGCUAUUGGAUCCUUCUGGCCACACAGGUGGAGACGCCUCGGAUGAUCAGCUGCGCACUCUGGGGGAUCUUGGCCGCGGAGGGCAUCUUGGAGAUCGCCAUGUUCAUCUGGACCUGUGUGACUUGCCAUUCGAAACUCGGUCGACGGCUUUGUAUUCGCUGGAUGAAAAGAGCCUACUAUCGCUUCAUCAUGGGUGCCUGUGCCUUGGCUUUGGCCAUCGAGACUUCUCAGGACUAUGAGCCGGUCGCCAAUAGUUCGAUUCUACUCUCGAUCAAUAGCCUGCUUCAUUGGAUUACGAUGCUUUUCGAGAUCCGUGCGUUUCGCGCCACGGGCCGAAGGAUCUUGCCCAUCAUGAAGUCGGUUCUCCCGAUCGUUGGCAUGUUGGUCAUCAUGCUCUUCAUCUCCUUGGCCUUCAUGCACGCCUUCUGGGCGAUGGACCGCAGCGGCAUCAGCGAGAUCUCCAUGUUCAACAUCGUGGUGCUCCUCUUUACUGGAGAACAAUUCCUAUCGCCUGAGGACUUGAUGGAGAUGCCACCGUCGAAGAUGACUGCAAUGAUUCUGCUGUCGAUAGGUGGCGUCUUCAUUUUCCUGACCUGUACCAUCAACGUCUUCAUCGCAGUGCUCUCGGACUGCUACGACCAGGAGCAGGAGAGGAUGGUCUGCACCUUUCUCAAGGAACGUGCGCGGAUCUGCAGCGGCUACUUCCUGCGCCCCAAGUUUAGAGCCUCAGGCUUUGGAUUCAUCCAGAAGGGGAUCACCAAGCUCAGCUGGUGGCGAUGGGUCAUCUUGGUGGUCGCGAUCAUUGGCUUGUACGCCCUGCUGCUGUACCUGAUCACUGAAAUCAAGCUGCUUACACGCUGGCUGAGUGCUAUCUAUCCCGCUGCAGCGGUCUUCGGUGUUCAGUGCAUCCUUCAUGAUGUGGCUACUGUGGACUGGAAGAGCAACUACCUCUGGUUCUGUCAUCAAGUGGAUGUUGAAGAGGAGAGUUUCCUGGCGCCGGAUCAGCGGGAUGAGGAGGAAACCAAUGGCCGCAUCACUCGCAUGAAGAAGUACAUCCGACAGACGAUCAAGGAUUGCGAUCUGCGGAUUAAGGCCCUCUCUUCCACGAUGGAUGCAUGGCAGACGUCGAACAAGGAGAAUCUCGCAGUGCAGAUGAACGCAGUGUCAGAGGCGUUGAGCAAGGUCGAUGCCAAGGUUGACAAGCUGAUCGAUGAGCGGAAGGACUACGCACGCUGUGACACACCUGUGUCAAAGCUCGCCGGAAAAGCAGCAGGUCAGCGAGAGAAGACCGAAGAGGAGGUCCUGACCGCUGCACGAGGCGGCGGCUCGAAGGAACCGGUGCAGGACCCAGCUGAUACCUUGAGGCCACCACCCACUGAUACGAUGCCUCACGAAGAGCCGUCGAAGAGCCCCAAGGAGCCGUCGCCGCCGCGGGGGAGACCACCGCGCGACAGCCUCUUCGACGUUGGCGUUGGAGACAUCGACGCAUUGAAGGAGGAAGUGGGCUCGAUCAAGGGCAGUCUCAAGGAGCUGAAGGAUGCGGUCAAAGAACAGGGAGAGACCCAGGAGGAGCUGCGAACUCACUGUGAGGAGCUGAAGGAAGCAGUGAACCAACAGCGGGAGACCCAACAGGAGCUUCAAAGAACUUGCAAGGACAUCCAGGACUUGCUGGCCCAGGUCGUGCGCAUCGCCGAGACCCGGCAGAGCCGAAAGUCCAAGAAGCGCCACGAAGGGGAGCCUGAGCCGCCCGGCGGCGCAGAGGUGAAUGGCCGCGGCAAUGAGCCUUGCUUCAGCCUCGGGUGAGCACUGUCGGCUUCGCCUCAAAGAAGGGCGGUGACCGCGCAGAGCCGGGGAUGGACUUCUUCAAGGG